GGCGGUUUGGUUUGGCAUCCCUGUGGGAGCGGCUUGCUGUCAGCAGCAGCACAGAGUCACAGCAGCACACAGGAGGAAAGGUGACUUCAGGCUAAAGUCCAUCUACUGUAUUCCGACUAUUACAUAUCACAAUACAUCAUAAUGUCAAGCAGUCGUCUGAUUCAGCAAAUCCGCAGGCCUCCCCAACCUCCAACACCCAUACUAGCAUGUUCAAAGUUGUUUCUUUGUAUCAUGCCCAUCGCUCAGAUUGCAAUCGGUGCGGUACACCUGGAUGACUGUCCUCGGCAGCGCUAUAUCCCCAUCUAUCUGAUUGUUGUGGGGGUCUUUGGCCUGGUGUUGACGGUGUUGUCCUGCCUGCCGUGUGCUCGGGAGCCGAAAGAAGGGCCUCCAAGUCCGCUCAGUCGCGUCUGCACCAUCUGGAACUCUCUGACCUCCUUCUUUCUCUUCUGCUGGUUUAUAGCUGGUAAUGUGUGGAUCUACUCUAUCUACCAGCCAAACUACAAAAAGAACACCACAGAUAUAAGUUCCUAUUGUAACAAGACUCUCUACCUGUUCGCCUUCUGGACCACCACCCUGGUCUACAUCCUGCUGGGUGGCUUCUUGAUCGGUGGCUGCUUUGUCCUCGUCUGCUUCUACCUGUGUGGCCGAGCCGACCCUGACGAUGAUAUCUAGAGACAGAUGUGAAAGAAUGAGAAGACGGGAGGCAUCUAGUGAGGCUGCACACAUUGAUGUUUGAAGCUGAGCCUUUUCUACCUCUGCAGAAGCUUCUCUCACUGCCUCUCCAGUCCAUGCACAAGACAAUUUGUUAACAUGUUUAAGCUAGGGAUUGGGCUUAAAUUUAAUAAAUAUCUGUUAUGAGUGUAGUAACCUGCUUUCUUGUUACCUUUCUACUUAUAUUUGUGCAGAGAUACAGACUGAUUUCUUUGUUUGGCAUUUCGGUUCAACGGCUAAAUCACCAAGUUUCAAUCCAGCAUCAGAAUGAGGAAGAAAAGUAAAGUAGUGAUUAUUAAUGAGGAGAUGUACCUAAAGAAUUGGUCAGUGUAUAUAUAUAUAUAUAUAUAUAUAUAUAUAUAUAUAUUAUUGGAUGACAAUCAUUAAUUAAAGAAUGAAAUAUAAAUGUUAAAACUAGAGCUGUCAAAUAAAUCUGAUUUUUAAUCAAUCCCACUACUUUUGUGGAUUGUGGAUUUUGUACUGUCUUCAACUAAGGGUAAUUAACUCCAGUCAGGAACACUCGUCACACAUUUUACCAUUUUAUUGCAAAAUGGAUGAACAGUUUUACUUGUCGGGGAAGGCUGUGCUCAAAAGAUGCUCCAUGGGUUAGCCAAGCAGCAUGCUUUGACUCUCCAGGUAGCACAAGGCUAGAAACUCCCAGGGGAUAGAUACAUUUAUGACAAUACGUACUGAAUACACUAAAAUUAGUUCAAGUGAUAUAAAUCCAUAGAGGCAUGAAUCUGAAUAUGAGGGUGCGCAAA